AUGACUGCGAUUUGCUCGAGGAACCUGGCCAGUGUUCAGCGAAACCAAAGGUCUGUACCGAUUCCAAGACUAGUCGUGAUCGAUUCCAGGCCUCGAAAGCACCUUGGAUCCUUUGAAUUCCGGAGGAUUAUCUCACUUGGAGAAUCCCAGGUGUGGGAAGUGCCGCUCGCGGAGACCAGGCUGCCGAGACAAGGAAGAAUAUGGCUGAUGGGAGAGGUGGCGUGGCAGAGCCAGUGA